CCCUUAGUUGUUCGAUUCCUCUGGCUGGGCAGUGGAUGCUCUUGUGAGCGGAGGAAUCGUAGUGAGGCUGAGGCUGAGGCGGAGGUCCGGAGACUGACCGACCAGUGUCGGAUUGACGGCCGCCAGGUCUGCGUCGCUGCCAAGGGCUGGGGUCCGUUUUUUUCUAGAAACUUGAAAAAUGUCUGGAUUUCUGGAAAGCCUUCGAUGUUCAGAGUGUAUUGACUGGGGAGAAAAGCGUAAUACUAUUGCAUCUAUUGUAGCUGGACUUCUGUUUUUUACAGGUUGGUGGAUCAUCAUAGAUGCAGCUGUUGAGUAUCCCUCCAUGCAAGACUUUAACCACUCCUAUCAUGCCUGUGGAGUAAUAGCAACUCUUGCUUUCCUCAUGAUUAAUGCAGUAUCCAACGGACAAGUUCACGGUGAUAGUUACAGUGAAGGGUGUUUGGGUCAAACAGGUGCUCGAAUAUGGCUGUUAAUUGGAUUUAUGUUGGCCUUUGGAUCUCUGAUUGCAUCUAUGUGGAUUCUCUUUGGAGGUUAUGUCGUUAAAGAAAAACCAAUAGUGUACCCUGGAAUUGCUGUUUUUUUCCAGAAUGCAUUUAUCUUUUUUGGAGGCCUGGUCUUUAAGUUUGGCCGCACUGAAGAUUUAUGGCAGUGAAGAGACCUGAUUUCCCUCAGAAGCCCUGCUUGGCUUUUAUGUUGUGUUUUGUUUUUAUAACUCACUUCCAGUCUUUUAUAAUACUAUUUUAUAAACUUUGCUGAAUAUCCUCUUGAAUGAAAAGUGACAAGCUGGUUUAAAAAAAAAGUGGUAAAAGUACUGUUGUAAGAAACUCAGAAAGUUACAAAACACUCUAAAAUCAUGAAUGUAGGAGGUUUAUAUAUAUGUGUGUGUAACCAUAUGUAUGACAUAUAUAUAUAUUAUUCUGUCAAGUAUUGAUUUCAGUUAUGAAGUGUUAAUGGAAAUUAUUUCACCAAAGUGGCUUUGGUCAAGUUAUGAUGUAACUCGUUUUUAAAAGUAAGUGAAAGAACAAUCUAGAGAAAUAAUUAUGGGUGUAUAUGUACUUGACAUGUCUGAAGUCCAAAAUUGCAAUUAAAAGUGCUUUAAAUGAUUUAAUAUAUUUAUUUAAA